AAUGAGUCCCGGGGCCCUGCCAGGGGCAUUCGAUGCAGCGAUGAUCGCGAUGGCGCACAUGCGCGAGAUUGCCUUCCGUUAAAUCGCAACUCAAUCUUUAACCCCUCGGAAGUUCCCCUUCUAGAAAAUGACUGUCUUCUCUGUGAAUGGUGUGUGUGGUGCAUGAGCGACUGCAUCUGAUGUGUUGCACUCGAUAAAUAGACCUUGGACUUUCCCGAUUCAUUACCCAGCAUUGUGCGCCUUGCCCUCUUCUGUCCGUUUGGACUGUCAACAUGGCAACUACACAGGGACCAGUAAUUGCUGGUGUUGCGAUCAGUUUCGCGAUCCUGAGUUUUGUGACUAUCUGUCUACGGCUGUUUGCUCGAAUCUAUGUCUUGAAGCGAAUGGGCUUGGAUGACUAUCUGAUUAUCGGCGCCUGCCUUCUAUCAUGGGCAUUUACAGCAGUUACCAUAGUCGCUGUCAAGCAUGGUAUGGGCCAGCACAUGGUGGAUGUGGAUCAAAGUGGUCUUAUCACAUACUCUUUUGCCGUCUGGUUGAGUUCGAUGUUCUACCUGGCCGCCCUUGGCUUUGUCAAAACCUCCGUCUGUUGGUUCUACACCCGACUUGGUGACAAGCAACUCACGCGCAUGUCUCUCGUCAUGAUGUGUGUUGUGGGUUGCCAAGCCACUUCAUUCGUUCUGACAGCUGCGUUUCAAUGCAAUCCCAUUGCUCGCGCCUGGAAUACUAGCAUUCCUGGACGCUGCGUAACAAUCAACGUCUUCUACCUCGCCAACGCAGCGCUGAACAUUACGACCGAUCUGCUCACCUACUCGCUGCCGAUCCGGGUCAUCCUGAAGCUACACAUGCCAAGGAAACAGAAGUUGGCCCUCGGUGGUAUUCUCUGUCUUGGUUUAUUCGCUUGCAUCUCCUCCAUCAUCCGAAUCACCUACAUCCCCGCAAUGCUCACCUCCAGCGACUCCACCUACGCCAUCAGCGGCGCCAUGUACUGGUCCGCCAUCGAGAUUAACGUCGGCAUCUUGGCCUCCUCCAUCCCGUCCUUCAAAGCCAUCGCCUCUCGUUUCCUCCCCCGCUUGAUUGGCGAGUACAGCUCGAACCGCGGCUACGGCGGAUGGUCGAGCAGCAACAUGAGAAAAGAAGAAUCCGGCUUCUCCAAGGGUCGGGAGCAUCCAUUUGAUAUGAGUAUUCUGCAGACCCAAGAUGGGGACGCCAUGACGGGCACGCAGAUUGGGAGGAACAACAGCCAGGAACGCAUUAUUAUACCGGAAGGGAAGAUUUAUGCUCAUACGGAAAUCGAGACGAAUGUCGAAGUCAGUACGGAGUACUAUACUCGCCCGAUGCAGUCGUUUGAUAUUCCUCGGUCUCUGGGGACGCAUAGUUCUUGAGAGGAUAACUAUACCUUUACUUUCGUCUACUUUUUUGUUCUUUAUUCCUCGUUACUUAUCUGCAUAUACCCUUCUCUUCUUCUCACGUUCACUUAAUUCCUAUUUUAUUUCCUACUUACUUACCUUCCCCUUAUUUCCCUUACAAGGGAGCUUUCUUGAUCCCCAAUCCUUCCUUUUCAACGGCCCCCCCAGAAUAUCUAGAUGAAUACCAACUAGAAUGACCUCGGCAACAAACCUUAACAAAUUGACCGCCGAAUCCUGCAAUAAACCAUGCGGGUAGACUAACUAACUC